AUGAGAUCAGCAGCAAUUGUUCUUGCUCUCGCAAGUCUCGCAAGUUCGGCUACUGUUAGCCAGAACACUCAAAAAGAAGGUUCUUACAGUGAUGACAAUCUCAUUGUGGACCUGGGUGCUUGGUUUUCUAUCAGAGAUCCGGAUGCAAUCAACAUUGGAAAGGCCAACAUUCUGGGUGAGUGGAUGGUCGAUACCCGUAAAGACUCGGCUAGCUACAAGAUCCAGGGUGCAUCUUUCGAGAACUCUGGUGGUACCUAUCUUUCCCAGGUUGGUGAGAACUUUGACCUUGCAGUAACCCCUACUAAGUUUCUCAACAAGGGUAGAUUCUCGGUCAAGGUCAACCACCCUCUGCCUUUUGAAAUUACUGCCCAAGACUCUUGGACUAACCUUGGAAACAUUGUUGUCGACAACUCUAGAUCCAAGACUCAGUCUGUUAUUGACUUGACUAAAUCGAGUAUGAACACCAACAACGGUUCUAUCUGUUUAAUCAAUACUGAGUGGACUCCAGAAGAGCUUCACGGUAAUGGUUGUGUUUAUGUUGGUGAGAACACUGACCUCAUGUUUUAUCACGACGCUAACCAAGAUUUCUUUGACCCUAACCAAUACAUCUUCCUCUCUACUGUCACAUCCAAUUUGAACUUUAUGUUCCCAAGUUACGCUGUUACUAAAAGAGCUCAACCUGCCACCAACUUCCCUUACAGAGUGAGAGGAUUUGACGUUGGCCAGACCAUUAGAUUCUCUGGUAUGCAAGUUACCUCUAUGAGUUUCAACCCUUCGAAGGGAAUUCUUACUCUCAGCGCUGGUGAGAGUGACUUCGAUAACAUUUACUUGGACGUCGGAAAGAACUACGACGAAGAGUACUUCCACUUGGAGGACAAUAAACUUACCUACACCGAGUACAUGGAUUCCUUGCCUGUGCCCCGUGUUUGUAAAUGUGACAGAUCCUUCCCUUGGGAUCCUAACUCGCCUUCUUCUGGUGGCCCAGCUCCUUCCAGUGCUCCUCCAGCUCCUUCCAGCUCUGCUCCAGCUCCUUCCAGCUCUGCUCCAGCUUCGAGCUCUUCUGCCAAGGCCUCUUCCAGCUCUGCUAAGGCUUCUUCCAGCUCUGCUAAGGCUUCUAGCUCUUCCGCUAAGGCUUCCUCCAGCUCUGCUCCAGCCUCUAGCUCUUCUGCAAAGGCUUCCAGCUCUUCUGCUAAGGCCUCUAGCUCUUCCGCUAAGGCCUCUAGCUCUUCCGCUAAGGCUUCCUCCAGCUCUGCUCCAGCCUCUAGCUCUUCUGCUAAGGCCUCUUCCAGCUCUGCUAAGGCUUCUUCCAGCUCUGCUAAGGCUUCUAGCUCUUCCGCUAAGGCUUCCUCUAGCUCUGCUCCAGCCUCUAGCUCUUCUGCUAAGGCCUCUUCCAGCUCUGCUAAGGCUUCUUCCAGCUCUGCUAAGGCUUCUAGCUCUUCCGCUAAGGCUUCCUCCAGCUCUGCUCCAGCCUCUAGCUCUUCUGCUAAGGCUUCCAGCUCUUCUGCUAAGGCCUCUAGCUCUUCCGCUAAGGCUUCCUCCAGCUCUGCUCCAGCCUCUAGCUCUUCUGCUAAGGCUUCCAGCUCUUCUGCUAAGGCUUCCAGCUCUGCUCCAGCCUCUAGCUCUUCUGCUAAGGCUUCCAGCUCUUCUGCUAAGGCUUCCAGCUCUUCUGCUAAGGCUUCUUCCAGUUCUGCCAAGGUCUCUUCCAGCUCCGCCAAGGCCUCUUCUAGCUCUGCUAAGGCUUCCAGCUCUUCUGCUAAGGCCUCUAGCUCUUCCGCUAAGGCUUCCAGCUCUUCCGCUAAGGCUUCUUCCAGUUCUGCCAAGGUCUCUUCCAGCUCCGCCAAGGCCUCUUCUAGCUCCUCAGUCAUGUCCAGCUCAUCAUCCAAUUUGUCGGACAUCGAUGCUAUGAGCAGAUCGAGAACCCGUGCAUCGAAUAGCCAAUCCAGCUCUGCUUCUGCUUCUGCUAAGCCCUCCAGCUCUGCUUCUGCUUCUGCUUCCGCUGAGCCAUCCAGCUCUGUUAAGCCAUCUAGCUCUGCUUCUGCUUCCGCUUCCGCUAAGCCAUCCAGCUCUGCUAAGCCAUCCAGCUCUGCUAAGCCAUCCAGCUCUGCUAAGCCAUCCAGCUCUGCUAAGCCAUCCAGCUCUGCUAAGCCAUCCAGCUCUGCUAAGCCAUCCAGCUCUGUCAAGCCAUCUAGCUCUGCUUCUGCUUCCGCUUCCGCUAAGCCAUCCAGCUCUGCUAAGCCAUCCAGCUCUGUUAAGCCAUCUAGCUCUGCUUCUGCUUCCGCUUCCGCUAAGCCAUCCAGCUCUGUCAAGCCAUCCAGCUCUGCUAAGCCAUCCAGCUCUGCUUCCGCUUCCGCUAAGCCAUCUAGCUCUGCUUCUGCUUCUGCUUCUGCUAAGCCAUCUAGCUCUGCUUCUGCUUCUGCUUCUGCUAAGCCAUCCAGCUCUGCUAAGCCAUCUAGCUCCGUUAAGCCAUCCAGCUCUGCUUCCGCCUCCUCAGCUUCUUCCGAUGCUGAUGCCAUGAGCAGAUCUAGAACUCGUUCGUCCGACAAACCAUCUAGCUCCGCUUCCGCCUCCGCUUCUCAAUCGUCUGUCGCCCAAUCAUCUUCUAUUUCUUCUACCAUUGUUUCUUCUUCCGGAGUUAGUGGAAACUCUCGCUCUCGCAGCAGUGCCUCCACUCUUCCACCAAUGUCUUUCCCUAACGGUACCAUUACUCAUUCGAGUACUUCUGCAUCUUCGGGUCCAUCCGUUACCCUUCCUUCUGAUUCUUCCUCUUUGACUUCUUCCUCCUCUGGAGCUAGUACCACCUCCGAUGUGGUUCCUGGCACUACCAGUGGCCAAGACGACGGUACUGCCAGCUUUACUUCUAGCAAGCCAGCUUCUUCUGGAGCUGCCAGCGCUACCAAUGGCCAAGACGACGGUGCUGCCAGCGCCACUUCUAGCAAGCUGGCUUCUUCUGGAGCUGCUAGCGCUUCUGGAGCUGCAAGUGCCUCCAACGGUGUCUCUUCGACUUUGACUGGCUCUGCUGUCUCCACUAAAUCUGGCUCCUCGGCCGGUUCUCCUGCUGUCUCGACCUUGACUACUCAAGCCACCCUGACAUACACCACUCUUGUCACUAUUACCUCUUGUGAGGACAACUUGUGUUCUGAAAUCACUACCAAGGUCGUUAAGUCUACCAUGAUUCAACCAACCCUCACUACUGUUACUUUGGCAACAACUGAGAUCCACACCGUUUGCCCAGUCGACCACCCUUGUUACGAGACCACCGUUACUCGUGGAGGUCAAGAAUCCAAGGCUGUUACUUCUGAGUCCACCAAGACCGUUGUCGAAACAGUUUGUCCAGUCGACCACUCUUGUUACGAGAUUACCAGCACCCAAGUUGUCCCUCAGACUACCACCGUUCAAUCUGUUGCAUACACCACCACCGAAGUCCACACCGUUUGUCCACAAGAGAACGUGUGCCAUGAAACUACCGUCACCUACGUUGUUCCAUCGGCCACCUCUACUGUUUACGGUACCACUUCUGAGUCUGCUCCAGCUGGCGCUGUCACUACUCAAGGUGGUGUCCAAACCACUUCUACUGCUACCAUCGGAGGCUCCUCUAGUGGAAAGCCAGCAUCUUCUUCCUCAACUGCCGGUUCUGGAAACGGCUCUGGCGCUUCUAGCACUGCAACUGCUUCUAUUGGCAGUUCCGGUGCCAAGUCCAGCAUCAGUUUUGCUUUGGCCAUCCUUUCUACCUUCUUGUUGUUGUAG